AUGCCAGCUAUCGGAAUCGAUCUUGGAACGACUUAUUCCUGUGUGGGAGUGUGGCAACAUGGGAACGUUGAGAUCAUCGCGAACGAUCAAGGAAACCGCACAACACCAUCUUAUGUGGCGUUCACGGACACGGAGCGACUCAUCGGCGAUGCUGCCAAGAAUCAGGUCGCGUUAAACCCUAACAACACCGUGUUCGACGCGAAACGACUCAUCGGAAGGAAGUUCGAAGACCCCAAGAUACAGCAGGACAUGAAACAUUGGCCGUUUAAAGUGAUCAGUGAUUGUGGAAAACCGAAGAUUCAAGUCGAGUUCAAAGGGGAGACGAAACGCUUCGCGCCCGAAGAGAUCAGUAGCAUGGUUCUAACUAAAAUGAAGGAAACAGCUGAAGCGUUCUUGGGCACUAAUGUUCGAGAUGCAGUCAUUACGGUACCCGCUUACUUUAACGAUUCACAACGUCAAGCUACUAAGGACGCGGGCGCGAUCGCAGGGCUCAACGUGUUAAGAAUCAUCAAUGAACCCACCGCAGCAGCUCUCGCUUACGGACUUGAUAAGAACCUUAAAGGAGAAAGAAACGUGUUAAUCUUCGACCUGGGAGGAGGUACAUUCGACGUCUCCAUACUAACCAUCGACGAGGGUUCACUGUUCGAAGUCAAAGCGACGGCUGGAGACACGCAUCUCGGAGGGGAAGACUUUGACAAUAGAUUGGUGAACUAUCUGGCGGAGGAGUUCCGGAGGAAGUAUCGCAAGGAUAUGAGAACAAAUCCUCGGGCGUUGAGACGACUGCGGACUGCCGCCGAACGCGCCAAGCGUACUCUGUCUUCAAGUACAGAAGCGACCAUAGAGGUUGACGCGUUAUACGAAGGUAUAGACUUCUACACGAGGGUGUCUCGAGCUCGCUUCGAAGAGCUUUGUUCAGACUUGUUCCGCGCCACGUUGGAGCCAGUUGAAAAAGCUCUCAGAGACGCCAAACUAGACAAGAGUUCUAUCCACGAUGUUGUUUUAGUCGGAGGCUCAACUCGUAUACCCAAAGUCCAGAGCUUGUUGCAAAACAUGUUCUGUGGCAAGAAACUGAACUUAUCCAUCAACCCUGACGAAGCAGUAGCAUAUGGAGCAGCAGUACAAGCGGCUAUCCUUAGUGGAGAACAACACUCAAAGAUCCAGGACGUCUUACUGGUUGAUGUCGCACCGCUAUCUCUCGGCAUCGAAACCGCUGGUGGAGUCAUGACUAAAAUCAUCGAACGCAACUCCAAGAUACCUUGCAAGCAGUCGCAGACGUUCACCACUUACUCGGACAACCAGCCUGCGGUCACCAUUCAGGUGUACGAAGGAGAAAGAGCCAUGACUAAAGACAACAACCGUCUCGGAACGUUCGACUUGACCGGUAUACCUCCAGCACCUCGUGGUGUACCUAAAAUCGAUGUGACGUUCGACUUGGACGCGAAUGGUAUACUCAACGUGUCGGCCAAGGAGAACAGCACGGGGCGCAGCAAGAACAUCGUCAUCAAGAAUGACAAAGGACGACUGUCUCAAGCUGAGAUAGAUCGCAUGCUCUCUGAAGCGGAGAGGUACAAAGAGGAGGAUGAGAAGCAAAGGCAGAGGGUAUCUGCGAGGAACCAGGUAGAGUCUUACGUGUUCAGCGUCAAGCAAGCGUUGGAUGAGGCUGGUGAGAAGCUUUCACAGCAAGACAAGGACACAGGCCGAAAUGCCUGUGAUGAGACUCUGAGAUGGCUCGACAACAACGCACUCGCAGACCAAGAAGAGUAUGAACAUAAGCUAAAGGAGUUGCAGAGGGUAUGUUCCCCGCUUAUGAGUAAGAUGCAUGGAGCUAGCAAUGGAACUCCAAAUGGACAUAGUGGUGGAAUGCCAGACGGAAUGCAAGGCUCUGGUGGAAUUCCUGGAGGGAUGAAUAAUGGAAUGCCAAAUGGUUUCCCUGGUGGGAUGCCAAGCUACGGGAGAACGCCCGGAGGCAUGCCUGGUUACGGAGGAAUGCCUGGAGGCAUGCCAGGUUUCGGAGGAAUGCCUGGCGGUAUGAACGGAGGAAUGCCAGGAUACGGAGGUUACCAAAGAAACGAUGGCCCCACUGUUGAAGAGGUUUAUUAA